CUACAAGGUGCCGGGUAUUGAAACACUUAAAAGUAGAAAAUGCCCCAGUUGUCAAUCGGUUUGACUAUGCGCAGUGCAAGAAGUUAAACAUGGACCAGGUUCUGGAUCAGAUUCUCAGGAUGCCACCAGAAAGAAACCGGAUCAUUUAUCUUCGUCCAAUGCAGCAGGUUGACACAUUGACGCUCGAGCAAAAGAUAUUUAGUGGCCCUUACCCAUACCACAUCUGCAUAAUUCAUGAAUUCAGUAACCCACCUAAUGUCCGCAAUAAGGUGCGGGUUCGGAGCUGGAUGGACACAAUAGCAAAUAUCAACCAAGAGCUUAUUAAAUAUGAGUUCUUCCCUGAAGCUACACGAACUGAUGAAGACCUGAAGAAAUACACUAAGUACCCUUGGGGACGAGAUAUUUACACUCUAGAGGGCAUUGUGGAUGGUGCCCCUUACUCCAUGAUUACUGACUUCCCAUGGUUGAGAUCGCUGAGAACAGCAGAGCCAAACAGCUACGCUAGAUAUGACUUUGAGGAUGAUGAGAGAACUACUAUUUAUGCGCCCCGACGGAAAGGACAGUUGUCUGCAGACAUCUGUAUGGAAACAAUAGGAGAAGAGAUCUCUGAACUGCGCCAGAUGAAAAAGGGUGUAUUCCAGCGUGUGGUGGCUAUCUUCAUCCACUACUGCGAUGUCAACGGUGAACCGGUAGAGGAUGAUUACAUUUGAGUGGAUACUCUCCCUAACCUGUCAUCUCUUCCUAAAUUUGAUUGGCACUGCUGGCCGAGAAAGCAGGUGGAUUCUUUCCAAAUGCAAAGCGUUUUCUUGAAACACGUACUUUGCAGUUGCUCUCACACAGUUUGGAAAAGAGUAUGUAAUAAAUGUAUAAUGAAAAGUAAAAAUUGUAUACUAAGAUUUGUACAUAGAGGAAACAAAAGAAAAACUUCCUAAUAAUGAGACUUUAUUUCAUAUGUUUAUACAAUUUAAUUUAAAUUCCAUUUUAAUGAAGGCCAAGAAUUAGGAACAGGGAAAAUAUUUGAAUUUUUCAGCUCAUACAAUUCAUAGCAGUGUUUUUUUUCUUAUAAACAAAAUCCCAUUUGCUGUGUUUGAAAGAGUCAUCGGAGUCUCUUUUAAUCUGUGCCUUUUUCUUGAGCAUUUACGAGUCCAGUCUGAGUAAACCUG